UACCUUUAUAUUAUUAUUAUUAAGGGAAAAUGUCCUGAGGAUGGAUGGGAUGAAAGCACCAUUGAAUUGUUUCUUCAUGAACUUGCUAUAAUGGAUAGCAAUAACUUCCUGGGCAACUGUGGUGUGGGUGAGAGGGAAGGAAGAGUGGUGUCAGGACUCGUUGCCCGAAGGCAUUACAGAUUGAUCCAUGGAAUUGGAAGGUCAGGUGAUAUUUCCGCAGUCCAGCCUAAAGCUGCAGGGUCGAGCCUUUUGAACAAACUUACUAAUUCAGUCGCUCUGGAUAUUAUAAAGCUGGCUGGUGUCCGGACAGUGGCCAGUUGCUUUGUGGUUCCCAUGGCAACUGGCAUGAGUUUGACUCUGUGUUUUUUAACAUUGCGGCACAAGAGACCAAAGGCAAAAUACAUUAUCUGGCCACGUAUAGACCAGAAAUCUUGCUUUAAAUCAAUGAUAACUGCAGGUUUUGAGCCUGUGGUGAUAGAAAAUGCAUUAGAAGGUGAUGAGCUACGGACAGACCUUGAAGCAGUGGAGGCCAAAAUCAAAGCUCUUGGUGCUGAAAAUAUUCUUUGUGUGCAUUCCACAACAUCUUGUUUUGCUCCAAGGGUACCUGAUAGGCUGGAGGAACUGGCAGUGAUUUGUGCCAGUUAUGGCAUUCCCCAUAUUGUUAACAAUGCAUAUGGAGUUCAGUCAUCAAAAUGUAUGCAUCUUAUCCAGCAGGGUGCUCGAGUGGGCAGAAUAGAUGCUUUUGUUCAGAGCUUGGACAAAAAUUUUAUGGUUCCAGUAGGUGGUGCUAUCAUUGCUGGCUUCAACGAGUCCUUCAUUCAGGAGAUCAGCAAAAUGUAUCCAGGAAGAGCAUCUGCAUCUCCUUCCUUAGAUGUCCUCAUUACACUUCUGUCUUUGGGUACCAGUGGCUAAAAAAAGUUACUGAAAGAGAGAAAGGAGAUGUUUUCCUAUCUUUCAAGUGAGCUGAAGAAGCUGGCAGAUAACCACAAUGAGAGACUGUUAGACACAUCACAUAAUCCCAUUUCCUUAGCCAUGUCUCUGAAGAAUCUAGAUGAAAGUAAUGAUGCUGCUGUUACCCAGCUUGGAUCUAUGCUCUUCACAAGACAAGUUUCUGGAGCAAGGGUUGUUCCACGUGGGUCUGUACAAACUGUGAAUAACUACACUUUUAAAGGCUUUAUGUCACAUGCAAAUGACUACCCCUGUGCUUACCUCAAUGCUGCCUCAGCAAUUGGAAUUAAAAAGCAAGAUGUAGAUAUAUUCCUAAAAAGACUCGACAAGUGUUUGAAGACUUUUAGAAAAGAAGCAAAUCAAGAAAAAAGUAUAAAUGAAAUAAGUGAUUCUAAUGCAACCACAGAACAGCUUGAAAACUAGAAGAUACGGAUUUAGUAACACAGGAAGAUAUGUUUUUUUGUCUGAAUUAUGUCAGGUUUCUAUUGGGUUAGAAUUGUGCAUCUGCAGUGCAGAAAUCUAUUCUUGAUCUGAAAAUAACAAUAAAAAGUUGGGUGAAAUUCAGCUUUAAGAAAGUAAGUGAUACUCUUCCUGAGACAGAGGGCCAGUCACAAUUUUUUGCAGCGUACAAAAUGCACUUAACACCUGCCAAAGUAAAGCUUUAUGUUCAUGAAGCCUUUGAUUUUGCCUUUCAGUCUGUGUAUGGCUAUUUGGACCAGUGUUUACCAAAUCACCAAAUGUUUAUUCACAUGUUUUUGUUUAACAGGAUUGUCUGUGGCAGUGAUUGAAUUCCUUCCUCGGUAUAGACUAUCCAAACAACACAUUUCACUGCUCUAAGAGUAUCUUGUUUUUCAUCAGUAUAUGUGUCACUUUUAAUUUCUUUUCAAAGAUUUAUGCAAAUGUUGGGAUAGCCCUCACUAAAUACAAUGUUCAAACUGCAUGGGGAAAUGACAGUUGGAAUAGUACUGUUUUUCCGGUGUUCUCACCUGUCAUGAACUACCUAGAACAAAUCAACCUCCAGUGGCAAAGAAGAACCUAGAAUACCUCCUAUCCUGUCAGGACUCAGCUCUUGAAAACGUUUGUCAGCAGCCCAUAGAAGCUUUAAAGUCAGGGCUUGUAGAAUGGAGAGGUACAGUCAUUGGGGGCUUUUGGCUUUGUUUUUUUAUUUUUGUUCUUCCCAUUUCCUUUGAUAGGGUGAUCAGAUCAGAGACUCACUGAAAAGAAGGAAUGCCAUGUGAUUAAUGCAGCAGUUUCAAGAGCCUAGUGAGCCCUAAGAAUAUUUUGGCAUUUUUAGUCUAAUGUUGUUGAAAUUUAUAGACUUCCAUUUCUGUAGUGUCUCUUGCCAUUGGCACUGUUGCUUCUGUGGCUCUGUGCAGUUGCUGAUUUGAAUUCAUUAAGCAAACAAUAGAUUCAGAGUCUGUUCCUGAAACAAAGGUUCCAUAUCACUGGAGUGACAGUGCUGUAGGUUGCAAAACUUGUAGUUAUUCUUGAAUGCAGUUGCUACAUUGUAUAUAGCUUCUAUUUACUGUUCAAGGUGAGCAUAACGUUCAAAGACAUUUUCUUUGUCUGUCUGUAAUGUAAUAAUGCUCAGGAUACCACAAUUAAUGAGUUCUGAACGUCAGGAAAUGUUUUAGUUACUUUGUUUAGUGGGAACUGAGACGUAUAUCCUUCAGAGCCCCUUGUAAAUCAGUUAAUCAAAAUAGUGGUGCCUUUGAAUGUAUUGUCUUUCCAGUGUGGUCAAAUGAAUUGAUAAAAGAGGUGGUGCUAAUAUAUGGGAGUUAAUAAUAUGCUAAUCAUCAUGAAAGUGCUCUCACUUAAUGAGGUCCAUUGUAUCUUAAGCUUAAAUUGAACUGGUCCUUCUACAUUGUUAUUGCUAGAGGUGCACGUUAGAUUGAUUAAAGCUUGUGCAGCUCCCUAGACUGCAGUCACAGUUGUUAUUUGCUGUACAAACACAUCCUAGGAGACACGUCAGUUAGCUUGGCCGCUGAGCCCUUGUGGCUGUAAGGAGAUGUAAAUGACUUGUCUUUCUCUCUCUCUCUCUUUUUAUUUCCCCAUGCUUUUUUUUUUUCCUCCUGUUGAAGGCAUGCUGUAACUCAGUUUUUCCAGUCAGUAAAACUUGCACAAACUUUGGAGUCAAAUCUCUGCAGAUCACUGCCUCAGUGUUCCAUAUAUUGGAGCAGCCAGUGAAAACCACCAGGCCUUAGUGAUACUUUUCUUCUUGGUUUUUGAGAUUGCUGUUCUGUGGCUGAAUGAGUAUAAAUUAUUGAUUCAGAUGACCAGUCACAGAAUGUGGAUGUUAGAACUAUCAUUACAGAAGCCUAUAGGUGUGUGAUAGCAGCUAAAAUAAGCAUUUGAUGAAUGAUAUCCUGACUGAGUAAAGAAAACAGCAGUUAUCUUCUCUGAGAGGAAGAAAUCUCUGCCUUUUGUGAUCUCAUAAUAAAUUGUCUGCUACAAGUAAUUCACCCAGUUCUACCAUAAAUUGAACUACUUCCUCGGGUAGUGUUUUUUUCUGUCUUUGAAAUGUUUCCCAUUUGCAAUCAAAGCUGAAAAUUUCAACAAAGCUCUAAACAAGAAUCCAUAGAAAGAGGUAAGCAGUUUAUUUUGAUUUUGACCUCUUAAACCUUUUUUAUUAAAAAAUAUUAAGAUGAUGGCUUUAAUUGAAAACAAAAAUAAAUUUUAAAUUUUUGUGUCAUUAAAACUCUUCACAGAUCUUAGUGAUGCCACCUGAAGUCAGAAAAUUUAAAAUAUUUUGAUAAGUGUGUCCCACCAUGAUGUAUAAAAUCUUGAACUAAAUAUUUAUGUUAUAUUACUUUGGUAAGCUGUUGUACCAGUCUGCAGUUUUGUUUCCUUGCUUUGUCCCUGUAAGUGUCUUCAGUUUUAGUUAAUAUUAAUUUUUUACAGACAGAAGCAAUCUAUAAUGUUAUACAAAUGUAAUGAAGUUUUAAGUAAUUCAAAUGGCAAUAUACUUCCAAGUAAAUGGAGAAGACUUGGUUAUUCACAGCGUAUUUGGAACAGGAGAUUCAGUAGAGGAUAAAAAGUAUUUUUCAAAUAAGAGUGUAAAUUACUUACUCUCUAUUCACUAAUGUCUGUAAUAAAGUAGGGAAAUAACACCGA